GCUGUGAAACGACAUUCUCGUGUUAUAAUGUUGAUGUUACAGCUGUGGACAACAUCAGAAAGAUCUGGGUUAGCCCAUUAAUCACAUCAAAACUCAACUGUCCUGUUUGAAGUAGCAAAAUUAGUUCGUCCCCUUGUUAGUUCCCCUCCUCCAGUCCAGGUAAGAGAAGAGAAGGAAAAGAAAAAAAGAGGCUUUACUGCUGCUACUACGAACUGUCAAUCUGUGCUGUCCCCAUUUUAGGAGCUAAGUCUACUAUGGAGUCAGCGAUUAAGACCGUUGUGGGUGUUUUCCUGAAGUCCUCUAAAGGCAAGGAGAACCUAGGAGGAAAGGAGUUCCAGAGUCUGGUGAAGAACCAGCUGAAGAACAUUCUGACGGGCUCAGAGGACAACGAGGCAGUAAAAACCAUGCGUGAACAGCUCGACAACAACCAGGAUGGCAAGGUCAGUUUCAAGGAAUACAUGAAUCUGGUGGGUUAUCUGGCACAGGCCGUGAGCGAACAGCGCUGUCUGGAGACAGAAACACCAGCGGAGACUCCGGUCCAGGAGAGCCAGCCCCAAGCCGCAGCGAAUGUCCAGGCGGAACCACAACAAGCAGAACCACAGGCGGAAAAAGACAAGAAGAAGGAAGAAGAGAAGCCGGCGGCGGAGGAGAAGAAGCCAAAGGAAGAGACAAACAAAGAGGUGGAACAGAAAGGAGCUAAAGCUGAAGAGAAAAAAGUCGAAGAGAAAAAAGCUGAAGCGAAUCAAGCCGUAGAGAAUAAAGCCGAAGAGAAAAAGGUCGAAGAGAAAAAAGCUGAAGCGAAUCAAGCCGUAGAGAAUAAAGCCGAAGAGAAAAAGGUCGAAGAGAAAAAAGCUGAAGAGAAUAAAGCUGAAGAAAAGAACAUAAAAGAGGAAGCAUCAUAGGAGCUGGAGGAAGUCGCAUCUCUAAUGCUUCCAUGUUCGUUUUAUCUGUCAUUUUUUUUUAUUAUUGUGGUAUUUUAAUACAUACGUACAUACAUACCAGAAACUACCCGAUACACUACACAUUUUACAGUCCAAAGAGUCCUCCUAAUACAGUUUUUUGAUAUCGCUAGGACCCGUUUUUGAAAUAUUUAGGUUACUUUUUAAAAACUCUUUGUGGAAAACAUUAUAGGAUGAUCAAAUUAAAAUGACUUUUAUCAUACGGUUUGCAAUACAUAAACUCAUAAUCGUGAGUUAUCAACAUAAUUUUAUAAUUGUGAGAUAUAAACUUUGGUUUUUAAGAUAUAAACACUAUACAAUGUAAAAAAAAAAGUUAUGGUAAAAGAAGCUGGCAGCUGUACUUGCCAAUUUUAGCAUUAAAAAAAACUUAAUGCAGUAACCAUGAUCAACAUUAGAUGUAACACUAACUCAAAUAUACAUAAUGAGAAAAAAAUACUAAAUAUAACAAUAGUAAUGGCAAUGAAAAAACAAAAAGUUUCACGAAGGAAAUUCCCAAGAAAUCAAUGGUUUAUAUGCACAAAGACUUUUAAAUUCAGCCAGCCAGAAUCAGCUCUUCCGGUGGACUGUCUUUCCAUUAUAAACUGCCACAUUUAAGGUCUGAUUUCUUAAAAAAUUUAUCUUCGCUACCUGAUAGAUAUACAAUAUAAAGUGGGUCCCAGACCCGACAAGAAGCACUCCAUUAAAUUCCAUUUUCCCCACCAUAAAAUAAAAUGUUUAUUUUACUGUAUUUUAUUGUAUUUUCAAUAGAUUUUCUGCGCUCGCCUUCUGGUUCUGACGGAGGUCUUCACACCGUCUUUCAUCUCGUUUUACACUUGAGCAACUAAAUGAAUGCUUAAGUUUAUUUAACUGAAUGCAUUGUAAUUAUGUUACAACAUCGAUGCUAUAAAAGGAACCUUAUGAAAUUGAUAAUAGUCACAUUAAGCUUUCACUGGAAGUUUAUCAUUGGCUGAUAAACACUAGCUGUACAUAGAGCCCAUUGUAGUGUUAAUCACGGUUAUUUAUGUCCAGUUCUAGUAAUUUUUAAAGCGUAUAAAGAAAAAAGGCCACAAUUGCAUUGUAUAAACUAUGAAUUCUUUUUGUGAAAAAGAUUUUGAGAAAAAAAAUUGAACUAAUAUAUACUCAAAACUAUAAAACAAUUCAGCUGAAAAGUCGUAAUUGUGAUGUAUAAACUAAAAAUUAUGAGGAAAAGAAGUCAGAGUUGCGAUAAAUAAACUUACACUUGCAUAACAAACAAGUUUUCAGAAUCACAAAUAGAUACAGAUACAACAUCGCAGUUCCUGAAAAAGUCAAAAUUGUCAGAUAUAAACUAAGAAUAGCAGGAUAUAAACUCAUAAUUAUGAAAAAAGUAAUUAGUAAUUGUGAAAAAAAAAUCACAAUUGUAAAAACUUACAAAUUUCUAAAUUUCAUAGUUUUAGCUCAUUCACACUACGAGCGACUCGCAGCUGCAAAGAGACAAGCAGCCAUUCAUUUCAACUGAGAGCAAGCGAUUUCCAGUGACCUCCGUCUAUGCAAGCAACAGCGACCGUCUGCGAAAAAGUUACGAAUUUUAGGCAAAUGAGCGACUUUCUUGAGCGUCAGCCAAUGGACCCUUUUCACAAGCCUGUUAUGAUGCAUUUAACGGUCAUCAUAAUCUUAAAUCCUUUUUUGAAAGUUUUUUUUUUAUUAUUUUUUAGAGGUUUUCACCUUUAAUGACAGGACAUUGGAGAUUUACAGUCUGGAAAGUAAAGGGAGCAGAGAGAGGAGAAGGAUAGGCAAAGGACCUCGAGCUGAGAAUCGAACUCGGGUCGCCGCGAGCACCUGGGUGCUAUAUGUCGACGCACUAACCACAAGGCUAUUGGCGCCGACCUUGAAAGUUUUUAAUAUUUAGAUUUUUUUUUUUUAUCGUAUGAACAUUUAUAUGCAUCUAUGAGUGUUUUAUAUCAUCUUUGCAUCAAAUUACAAAAAAAUAAUUUGCUUAUGUGAGGUGUUUCUACAGCAGUGUCUACGAGGCUAAGAGUAAAUUUGAACAUAUUCUCUCCUCUGGCUGCCGUCAUCAGUCUCACACAAUUUUUUUUCUUUUUUCAGAAAGUCUUGAUAACGCCAUCGUGGAGUUUUUCUUUGAUUAUUUUAGAAAAUAGGAUCGUAAAAAUAUUAUUUGUUGUACUCUCGAUUCACUGCGCUCUAAGUUUACCCAACCAUGACGCCUUCCGCUACUAAGAAACCUGGAAAUGUGAAAAGGGUCAAUAGGAACACCAGUAGAGCUCACGUGAGCCUCUCUCAGCUCCUGCAGAGGCUGGUUGUAUUCUCCGUGCUGUAGAACUUCACAGACCUGCAUAUGCAGCAGAUCGCCACCCAGAACGACAGUCAAAGUCCUGUAUAGUGUGAAUGAGGCAUUAUAUUUACCUUUAACGUACAAAUUUGGAGCUGUAACACCUUUUGCAGCUUUUCAUCUGACAGUGUAGAACAAUUUCAGCCCAGGCUUGGUGAAAACAUAUGCCUCAGACUAUAUUUUUCCGAAACGUAAAAUACAUUCCUCCAGGUACGUUUUGUUGCACGUUUUAGAUGAAAAAUCCACUAGAGGGCGCUGUGUACACUUUUGCGAAUCUGAAAUUUGUUACUUAGGGUGUGUUUUAUGUUUCGAAUAUACAUUCUUUACACAGAGCUCUAAAUAUCAUUGAUAGGAACAAAACUUGUUGGCGUCGUACUGUCCCAUAUCAUUCAUUUGACCUUUUACCUGCAGUCAAAGGUAUGUUUAAGUGGAUUUUUGUGGUUUCACAAAAAUCGUUGCUGAAGCACAUAAUUGCAAACGUUUGUAAUUCUGAGUAUAUCUUGCGAUUCAGAAUUGUCAUAAUAAAAAACACAAGUUGUUCUUUCACACCACUAAAGUUUGUCACCCAACAAAAACACAUUAAGCAAUGAACUAAAUACACUAACAACAGCUAGCACUAAUUUACAAUGUUUUCGUUUGUAUUUAUUCCCCCAAAACAAGAAUGAUAUCUCUUUAAUGUAACAUGAGUACACUUUUCUUUGUAAAUUCUCUUUUUUGUGUGUGUGUGUGUGUGACAGACUAUAAUGAAAUCGAUGAACCAUUGUUUACAAUUUUAGCUACAUCGAAUUGUUUUGAUAGUGUUUUAUUUCUUAGAUUUGGAAUACGUUUUUUUUAAUAUGGUAUUUUUGAGGAAAUGUAGCAAAUUGCAGUCUAAUUGACUGUUGUGUUGUUAGUUUUGAUCAUGUAAACACUAUUAAAUGAUCCACAUUUUAAAACUCUUCACAGUUUCAAAAAGCAACUUAAUAUUUAAAAGCGAGUCCUAGCGAUUGUUAAAAAACACUACUAAUUUUUGUUUGUAUGCACAUGUGUUCAUGCCUGUGAUUAGUUUUGUAAUAAUAUAGUGUGUGAUAGAAGUUGUCAACAGCCGCAAAUGUGACCAAUGGCCAAAGGGGUGCAAUAAUAAAUAAAUGUCCUUUUUUUAUUUGAGCCAGAUUUGUUGUAUAAGGGUACUGCAACCACUGUAUCCCCUCGCUAAAAUGUCCACAAAACAUCCGUGAAUGAAGAUCAGACGUCAUGUUUAUAGCGUAAAUGUUGAAAAAAAGACUAUGUUUACUUUAGUUUGUGCCACCUUCGACUCCGGUGCUAGUCGUAAAUGUGUUUUUCAGUGUUGCAGAAGCAUAAAAUCAACAUUUUUUACCUUGCUCGCCGAAAUGCCUUUCUGCAGGAGUUUAUCUAAUUGCAUCACCAUUUUAAAAUGUAGGACUUGCAUUUGUGGUGCACAUGGGAACACUAUAUGCAGUCCUCAUAAUUUGUUGUUCACAUUUCUGGGCCUUGUUUGCAUGAGAAUAAACAAAUUUGCUUUUGAA